GGAGCGGAGGGAGAUCCGAGCUGCGGCGGCAAGCCGAGCGCAGAGCUGACGAGCCGGCGGCUGAGGACAUUGGCCAUGGAAGACCAGGGGGAGAAUACCACCGUCUUAUCCACUUUGAGGUCUUUUAAAAACUUCAUUUCUCAGCCAGUGGAAGGAGCAUCCGGCCUGGAUGUGUGCCCCACUGUCCCAGGUUCUCUGCAGAUGCAGUACCAGCAGAGCAUGCAGUUGGAGGAAAAAGUAGAACAGACUCUUUCAAAGACCUACCUCAUCCAGAUGGAGCGGGAGAAAAUGCAGAUGGAGCUGAGUCACAAGAGGGCGCGAGUGGAGCUGGAGAGGGCAGCCAGCACCAACGCCAGGAACUAUGAGCGCGAAGUAGACCGCAACCAGGAGCUGCUGGCGCGCAUUCGGCAGCUUCAGGAGCGGGAGGCCGAGGCAGAGGAGAAGAUACAGGAGCAGCUGGAUCGGUACAGGCAGUGCAAGCAGAGUCUGGACACCGUCAACAAGCAGUUGCGUGAGAAAGAGGACAGUCUGGCUGCAGCCAGUGAGACCAUCAAUGCAUUGAAGGGGCGAGUCUCAGAGAUGCAGUGGAAUGUGAUGGAUCAGGAAGUGCAGGUGAAACACCUGGAAUCUGAGAAGCAGGAGCUGAAGGAACAGCUGGACCUGAAGCACAGACAAUGGCAAGAAGCAAAUCAGAAGAUCCAGGAGCUGCAGGCCAGCCAAGAUAUGAGAACAGACCUUGAGCAGAAGGUUAAGGACCUGGAGCAGAAGCUGUGCCUACAGGAGCAGGAUACAGCCAUUGUGAGGAACAUGAAGUCUGAGCUACUGCGGCUGCCCAGGGUGGAGCGGGAGCUGAAGCGACUCCAGGAGGAGAAUGCUCACCUGCGGGAAAUGAAGGAGACCAAUGGACUCCUCACAGAGAAGCUAGAAGGGCUGCAGAGGAAGCUGGGCCGCCAGGAGAAGCUGCAGGAAGCUCUGGUUGACCUGGAACUAGAGAAGGAGAAGCUGCUGGCAAAGCUGCAGAGCUGGGAGAGAUUGGACCAGACCAUGGGCUUGAACCUCAGGACUCCAGAAGACCUUUCCAAAUUUGUGGUGGAGUUACAGCAGCGGGAGCUGUCCCUGAGGGAGAAGAACAAUACCAUCACCACCAGUGCCCGGUGGCUGGAGAAGGCCCAACAUCAGCUCCAGGAUGAGGUUCGACAGGUCAGCAGCCAGCUGCUAGAGGAGAAGAAAAAGCGUGAGUCCCAUGAGGCGCUGGCCCGAAGGCUCCAGAAGCGUGUUCUGCUGCUCACCAAGGAGCGGGAUGGCAUGCGGGCUAUCCUGGGAUCCUAUGACAGUGAGCUGACCCAGGCUGAGUACUCACCCCAGCUGACACGCCGCCUACGUGAGGCCGAGGACAUGGUACAGAAGGUGCAUGCGCACAGCACAGAAAUGGAGACUCAGCUGUCUCAGGCCCUGGAGGAGCUCGGAGGUCAGAAACAGAGAGCUGACACAUUGGAGAUGGAGCUGAAGAUGCUGAAGUCCCAGCCAAGCUCUACAGAGCUGAGCUUCUCAUUCUGCAGAGAGGAAGUAGAUGCACUCAGGUUGAAGGUGGAGGAGCUGGAGCGGGAGCGGAGCAAUCUGGAAGAAGAAAAGAAAAUGCUAGAGAUGCAACUGGAGAGGUGCACCCUGCAGGGUGACUAUGAUAAGAGCAGAACCAAAGUGCUACACAUGAGCCUGAACCCCACCAGCAUGGCCAAGCAGCGCCUGCGCGAGGACCGGGACCGGCUGCAGGAGGAGUGUGAGCGGCUACAGGGGCUCUUGCUUGCCCUGGAGAGAGGGGACUCUGUCCCCACAGAUCUGGAGUCUGCUGCUGGCCUGCCUUCAUCUAAGGAGGUGACAGAGCUACGGAAACAGGUGGAGAGUGCUGAGCUGAAGAACCAGAGGCUCAAGGAGGUUUUCCAGACCAAGAUUCAGGAAUUCCGCAAGGCCUGCUACACGCUGACGGGCUAUCAGGUCGAUGUGACCACAGCAGGCCAGUACCGGCUGACAUCACAGUAUGCAGAGCACAAGACGGACUGCCUCGUCUUCAAGGCCUCGGGACCCUCGGGCUGCAAGAUGCAGCUGUUAGAGACGGAGUUCUCGCGCUCGGUGCCUGAGCUCAUCGAAUUGCACCUGCUGCGCCAGGACAGCAUCCCAGCCUUCCUCAGCGCCCUCACCCUCGAGCUCUUCAGCCGCCAGACCACCGCCUAGCCCCGCACCAGCCACCACAGUGGCCAUCCCAGCCAGCCUUGUCUCACAGCCCCGCCAGCAAGGGGAGCGGCCAGAGACCCCACACCAGUCCAUCUCAUCCCUGAGCCCUGCCGAGACCUCCCCAUGAGCCUCUGCCUGCCCUGUGCAGUGCCCGCCCACAUCCAUGCUGUGCAGUUCCCGUCUGCCCCCAAGUGGGGGCGCUGUGGACACCGUGGAGGGGCCUGGCCUGGGGAAAUAAAGUUUCCUCUCCA